AUGGGCAGUGUUCGAAACAGCGCCCCAACAUGUGCUGACAACAGCUGCAAGGCGUCAGUUGUGGGUGGAAAUAGCAGCAGCUCCCGAGAGUCACCAGGAGCCAGCAACAGCAGCAGCCACCAUCGCGCCCACACCGCCUCGCCGUCCUCCUCUUCAGGCGGAGGGAGCACUUCAGUGCACCAUGGCAAUCAGAAUGAAGUGCGGACGUGCAUGCUCUACGGCAUUCCCAUCGUUUCUCUGGUCAUGGACGGUCAGGAGCGGCUCUGUCUGGCGCAGAUCUCCAACACACUGCUGAAAAGCUUUAGUUACAAUGAAAUUCACAAUCGUCGGGUGGCUCUGGGUAUCACCUGCGUUCAGUGUACGCCAGUGCAGCUAGAACUGCUACGUCGAGCAGGCGCCAUGCCGGUGUCCUCCCGUCGCUGUGGAAUGAUCACCAAGCGUGAGUCAGAGCGACUAUGCAAGUCAUUUCUCGCCGAAGCUGAGCCGCCCAAGUUGCCCGACUCAUUUGCGUUUGACGUCUACCACAGCUGUGCUUGGGGUUGCAGAGGCAGUUUCACUCCAUCCCGGUACAACAGCUCACGAGCAAAGUGCAUCAAGUGCAUCUACUGUGGCCUCUUUUUCUCGCCCAACAAGUUCAUCUUUCACUCGCACCGCCUGCCCACUUCAAAGUACAUUCAACCUGAUGCGGCAAACUUCAACAGCUGGCGACGGCACAUUCGUCUGGUCAGCUCACCAGAGCCACCGGAGCAUGUUAGCUACGCUUGGGAAGACGUAAAGGCAAUGUUCAACGGUGGAAGUCGAAAACGGGCCAUGUCCUCCACUUUAAACUCCUUCACAAAGAACCAGGAGAGCAACUCAAAGGCAAACGCCGCCAGCAAACACGAACAGGCAAACAAGUACAAGUACAGCGAUGACAACAGCGGACUGGACGACUCGGACGAUUACUGCUCACUGGACGGACCACCACAGACACAAUCCACCACGGCAUCGGCAGCAUCACACCUACAGUCAUUGACUUCGAAUAAGAAAAUGGUGUUGACUGGAGGAGGAGGACAGAGUAGCAAUGACUCUGACCAGGGCACCACCAACAGCAACAGUCAACAACAGCUGGAAGAACUUGAGCACCGGAUGAACA